AUGAAACUCCAACCAGAGAAGAAACCAGUGAUGCUGACAGACUGCUCACAUGGAGAGAGUGAAGUGAGGAGUUUCCUGCAGUGUCUGCCUUUUAUCUCACAGCUCAGUUCUCCUCCAGGGUUUUUCCAGAGUGUUUGUUCAUCUCUAUCAGUGAGAUCCAGAGAGGAGAUCCAGCAGCUGGUUUCUCUCCUGCAGCUUCUGAACUUCAACCUUUUUCUAACAGGAGAGUUGAAUGAUAAAACCUGCAGCUCUAUCUACAACACAGCUCCACAGUCUGAGACUCUCCAACAGUCUGGUCUUGUUCUUCUCUCAGUGGGUGAGAAGAGGCAGAGUGGCUUUUCCUCUGGUCCUAGAAGAGCUUUCCGUGGUUUCCACCAAAGCUCAGCCACAGAGAGUCUUGCUGAAGGUCGGCAGCAGUUUGGCGUCUCUGCUGAGGUUCUGGACAGUGGGACGGUUGGACCUGACCGAGUCCGGACUCCCUGUUCAGAGUCUCUUCAGUCUGUUGCUUCACGAUGGUAUCUCAGUGUGGACAGGAAUCUCCUGCUGAGGUUCAUCCACUGCUGCGCCGCCUCCGACAGCCAGCAGGGGGCAGCAUCGGCAGGCCUGCUGCUGAGGACUCUGCGGCACAGGUUGGAUCUGUCCUGCUCCUCCUGCGUGGAGCUACCAGAGGAGGAUCGGACGGAGCCUCUGAGGUUGACGGCCGCCGACUGCGGGGCCGUCUCCACCGUCCUGAGACACAGCAGCAGGGACACCCAGCUGGACCUGAGAGACUGCGAGGUGGAGGACAGCGGGCUGGACCUGCUGUUUCCUGUCCUGGACGGAGUCCGUCUCAGAGUCAACAAAACGGUCCCGGUCCAGCUUCUGUCUCUGCUUGCCGCGAACAAUCAGAGGGACACCGUGAGACGAGCAACGUCCCUGUGCAGAGCCCUGGGAGGAGAACUGGACCUGAGUCACAGGCCACUGGAUCAGAGGCUCUGUGGAGCUCUGGCUCUGAUGCUGGACUACUCUGAAGAUCUAACAGAGCUGGACCUCAGCCACUGCCAGCUGACAGACCAGCUGCUGCUCCAACUCAUCACACAUCUGCACAAAGUCCACAACCUGGAUCUGAGUCACAAUCAGAUCACUGAUCUCUCCACUGAUUGGUUACUCCACCUCUUCUUCAUCAACCCGUCCAUUGAUUGUGUGAGACUGAACAACAACAACAUCAUCAACAAAACUCCUUUUAAGGGCAACAAGAAGUUUGAAAUCUGGUGAAGCAGCUGUGAGUCAGCUGGUCAUGUGACCAACAGGAUCCUAAUUGCUCUGGUUUAAUCCAAAACUCUCUCUUCACUGGUAGAGUGUGACCUGUAAAUGGAGACCUUAGUCCUCAAUGUGGCUUUCACUGUUUUCUCUCCUGGCCUGAUGACCUUUGACCCAUGUUUUCCUCCUCUCUCAUAAUCCACUGUUCUUUUUGAGCAACUGCUAAAUAAAGGCCACAAGAGGGGCAAAAUACUGGACACUGCCUGGUAACAGUGGUUAGUGUUCAGCAGUGGGAAGCAUCUUAGAUAAGAUAAAAUUUAUUAUGUCAUUGUCAUCAACAGAUUCCAAAUGAUGUUUGUUGAUAUGCAUUCCUGUUUUGGGGUUUGAUCUAUUGAUUUUAGAUUUAUGAUCACUUUCCUUUUCAUGUCAUUAGUAAUGGAAUCACUAAGGAAAGUUUAAUGAAGGUAAAUCAGAGAUGAAGCAGAAAUAGGUUCUGAUGAGUCUCUAUGUAUCUCUGUUGAUGUAUUAGAUUGUCUUUCUCCACUUUCUUUGCGGUUCCUCUUUUUCUUCUCAUCUGUUUCUAAUGACGCAUCUGUUCCUUGUUCAAUAAUCAAGUUAUCCAAUAUAUCUAGAAAUCAUUCUCAGUCACUCCUUGCUGAUUUAUCUAGUUAAAUUAUGUUACUGUUUGUCUCCCUGGAUUCCUGGUUGUUGUUGUUGUUGUUGUUGUUGUGCUGUCAUUGGCAGUUUAUUGAUUUGGUUUGUAUCAUUUAUUUCUCAUUAAACUUGAAGAACUACUCACUGCCUUCCUGUGUUGGAAUCUGUCAUCAUUGGAUAACAUCAUCCCAGUGUCUCUGUAGAUCUCAGGAACCAUCCAGUACCAGCAGAUUAGUGAGUAAAACCAGUGCGGUUGUUGAACUGGAAAUGUUUAACUGUAUGUAGCUUCCAUCACAUGUAUGUUGCUCAGCUUCAAUCAGUUGACAGGUAGAUGAUAUACAGAAAGCUUGAUCUAGGAGUGGUUUCCUAAUUAUGAGGAGAAAGAUGUUUGUCAUAUAGUUCUGUUAGAAAUGUGAUUAACAAUCAAAAAGAUGAAUAAGGAACUAAAAACCAAACCAAAACAUAAAUUGACAUACGUUUAAGAAGAUACUUAAUGUGAUACUGUAAGUGUAAUCAAUAUAUGUGGCAGAUUCUAUGUUAGUUAUAUCACCAUGUAUUUAGUGAUGUUGAUGUACAAGCAGACAAUGUAGGAUAUGAAUCUAUAUUAUAAUGAAAUAUCAGUGGAGCCAUAAUGAACUAUGAUGUUGUUAGACAAUGUAAUAGGAAUUCAUCUUUACACAAUGUCUAUUCAAUGUUACACAUUGUUGUGUGUAUGUUAAUGUACAAGUUUUGUUAUAAUCUACGUUAACCCAAAAAAGGUUUGUAUCACCCAGCAAAUGUCUUUGAAAUAAUUCAGUCCAGGUUGGAGGAUUGUUGUGAAUCUUGGAGUCAUUUAAUAGGAUUUAGUGCCGUACAGGAUAGUUAUGCUAGUUUCAGGAUUCUUCAUCUAAGGAGUGUCAGUGGACAACAAAAGUAAAGGUAGGACUGUUGAAUGUAAUCAGUAAGUACUUUGUAUCAAUCUGUAAUGUUUUACCACUUAAAAGAAGUUCAAUGUUUCCAGAAACCGAGUCUCUGUUGCCCAGUGUGACCUGAACAUGUGACCAUGUGCUUGUGCUCUGUUCAGUGGACCUGCAGCGGCAGUGAGACGUUCCAGUGAAGGAAGAGUUGCUGCUUUCACAGGACAGCGAAUCUCCACUGGGUGAUGGUGGGUUAGUGCCUUGGUAUGACGUAUGUAUAUGAAAUGGAGUAUCUUCAAAUCACGUAUAAUUAGCAGCUCUGGAUAAUGUAAGACUAGAUGUACUAUAAAUGAAAGUCAGUCCAAUAUGUAGCAACUGUCAUAUGUUCUAAAAUGAAGUCCAUCAUCAGGUUUAAGGUGAAUAAUUCAAUAUAAUAUGUCUUUUCUCAGAUUAACAUGAGAGUAAAGGGCGCCAUCAUGUGGGCAAAUGAAAUCACUAUACAAUAGUGACAUGUUUUUGUUUUUGUUAGGGGAUAGAAGGAAGUGAAUCUUUGUAUCUGUUCCACGUCUACAUGUAAAACUCAGCAUGAAGGGAGUUUAAUGUGUUUAGUGUAGCAUUUGUAUCAUGUUUCACACAUAAUAGGAUAUUCCUGGUAGUGAAAUAUCUCUCUGUUAAGAAUUAUUUGGUAGCAUAAGUGUGUAGUUGUUUCAAAGUAAAAUCACUGUUUUAAAGGUGUAAAAGUGAAAUCCCUAACCUCAGUCAUGAGAUAAAUAGAUCUGUCAGAACAGAAAUGUUCUUAGAUGUUACAGUUUCUAGAUUGUAGCUGAAACCAAUCUAAAAGUUAGAGAGUAGAUUUUCUGAGGGAUCUGUUGAGGUAAUAAUGUCUUUAAAUCAGUAUGUCAGGGCAAAAGAGGGAAGCUUCAUGUUAAGGUCCAGUGAUGAAGUAAAUAUAUAAGGUUGUGUUCUGUUAAGGAAGUUACUGGUGAAAUGACUGGGAUGUGUUUCAAAAGGUGUCAGAGUCUGAAUAGUACAGAGUUCCUCUAUUUAGUAAUAUGUGUGCAGCUUUGUAGAAACACAAGGAGAAGACAAAAUAAUGUUUCAAGUAUCCUUCAUGAAGAUUGUGCUUAGAAUCUCUUUUUCAAACUAUUGUGUUAGUUUCCAUCAUGACAUGUCUCCCAAUACAAAUCUUGGAUUGAGUCAACUUAUCUUACCUUAGAGUGUAGCCAGAAUCUCUUGAACUUUAUUUGCUGUAACUUUGAAGACUCUUAACUAGAAGUUGUGUUAAACCAAAGUUAGAUGAAUAGAAUAAAUGUUGGAUGUCAUUUGCAAUAAAAGAGAUCAUAUGAAAUAGAAAUGACCCCCCACAGAAAAUGUGAAGGUGACGCUGAGAUGAGGUUUAACAGCAUAAUUCUUCAUGCUAAAGUCAAAUUUGUUAGAAAAGGUUUAAUCUAAGCUUAGUGACACAUUCUACACAGUAGAACAGGGAUUAUCCAAGUAUUUGAUGGUGCUGAAAGCAGUUAUGAAGAUCAAGCACAGAAAAACAGAGGAAUAAUUCAAUGUGUAUCUGUUUGUAAGGGAAUCAAUGAAUGAUGGACAGAAGAAGAGCAAAGAAGUAGCAUAUUGACCAUAUGUAGGAAACUGCAUACAGUCUUCAUAACCCAGCAUAAAGUGUUCUAGUAACUGUUAAACAUUAGGUCUAGUCAUCAUAAAGACAUAAUGAUGACAGAACAGAUAGUUUCAUGAAAAGU